UCACCAUCAAGGUUUUCUCUCGACCCGUUUUACACGUUUAAUCGUUCCUAAUAUGGGUGAAGAAACAAAGACCGAGCUCGACCUUGGUACCAUCGUGGUGGAUGAUGACGUCAAACGUCAGAAUUUUCCAGAUAACUUCUUGUUCGGAGUCGGAACAUCUGCUCAUCAGGUUGAAGGCGCUUGGAACGUGGAUGGUAAAGGGUUGAGUAUCUGGGAUUGUUUUGCCCUAAGAAACCCUGACAAGAUUAGUGGAGGUGCAAAUGCAUGUGUCACCGUUGCCAGCUACUCAAGAAUGAAGGAAGAUGUUCAGUUGUUGAAGAAAAUGGGCGUCAACUCCUACAGAUUCUCGAUUUCAUGGCCAAGAAUAUUACCAGGUGGAAAAGUAAGCAUGGGUAAAAACCAAGAAGGCAUCAACUACUACAACAGAUUGAUAGAUGAGUUACUGGCCAAUGGCAUCGAGCCAUUUGUCACUCUUUUCCAUUGGGAUCUGCCCAAUGCUUUGGAAGAAGAGUACAUGGGUUUCUUAAGUUCAAAAGUCGUGGCUGAUUUCGUCGACUACGUUGAUAUUUGUUUCUGGGAGUUUGGAGAUCGGGUAAAGCAUUGGUUGACUGUAAACGAGCCACAUAUGUUCACAUAUAAUGGGUAUGUAACGGGUACAUUUGCACCCGGACGGGGUGCAAAUUGUAAAGACAGCGACCUUGAAACAGAACCAUAUACAGUUGCAUACAACCUACUCAACUGUCAUGCAGCUGCUUACAGAAAGUAUGAGAAAGAUUAUAAGAGUUUUCAAAAGGGUAAAGUGGGAAUUACGCUUGACCUUAACUUUAGCAAGCCUUAUCGUGGUCCGAGUAAUGUAGAAGAUGUCAAAGCUGUCGAAUACGCAUCUGAUUUUGUGAAUGGAUGGUUUCUUGAGCCAUUGACAAAAGGAGCAUGGCCGGAAAAUAUGCAAAAAUUUGCCACUACCCCGACAGCUAACUACCCGAAAGGUCGUACUCUACCUGAAUUCUCCGAAGAACAACGUAUCAAGUUGAUAGAUUCAUACGAUUUUCUUGGAAUAAACUACUACACUGCAUUUUUCGUCCAAUAUCAAGCUCCGUCUGCUAGUAUUCCUCCCGGAUAUACUAGAGAUUGUCACUUCGUGGCAUCAGGAACCGAUUCCAACGGAGAUCCUAUAGGAAAGCAAGCGUAUGUGGAUCCAACGAACCCAAAUCUAUCGUGGGUUUAUCUUUGUCCCGAUGAACUUACAGAGCUUAUGUAUAUCGUUAAGAACAUAUACAACGUAACCAAACCGCUUAUAGUCACUGAAAAUGGAUCUCCCGAUAUGAACGAUACUGCAAAAACAUACCAAGAAGUCCGUGAUGAUACGUACCGAAUGGAAUACAUAAGAAAGCAUCUUAUAGCCAUCCGAACAGCUAUUCGUAACAACGUAGACGUUAUGGGCUAUUACGUAUGGUCAUUCAUGGAUAGCUUCGAAUGGUCUUCGGGUUACAAAGAUCGAUUUGGUUUGAUCUAUGUCGAUUACGUCAACGAUCUUCAAAGAUACCCGAAGAAUUCAGCACUUUGGUACAAAAAGUUUCUGUCUGAGAAGAAAGUGGUGCUUCUGAAGAGAGCCAGAGUGGAUGAUGAGAAAGAAGAUGAAGCCACUGAUAUGGUGUCUGAACCAGAAAAGCCAUCUGAAGUGGUUCCAAAACUGAAGAAGGCAAAAGCAUGAAAUGGAACUGCAAUCACAAACCCUAAAUUGUGUCUCUUAAUAAAUUUGUAUUUUUAUGUAUUUCAUGAUGAAUUAAUCUCUCAUUUAUGUACUUGUACUCAAUAAUGUUGUCUUUUUGACAUAAUAAUAAUUAUGUAU